AUGGUAUUCAAGAUGCACACCAACGCAUCGUAUGACCCGCUGGAACAAGCCGCGGCGGCAUCGGAACUCGACCUGCCACGCGGAUUCAAGAUCCACUUCGACUUCAACGGCGGCGGCAGGACGGUUGGGGCCGUCAAACCUCUCAUCGCGGAGAUGGAGCGCGACUAUCCGAUCGUGGGGUUCAUCGAGGACGCCCUGCCCAGGGCCGACUACGACGGGUGGCGGGAGCUCAGACAUCAUACGAGUCUUACCAUCGUGCAUGGGGGCGUACCGAUAGGCGGCGGGUACCCGGAGACGGCUCACGGGGUGGCCGACGCCUACAUGAUGGGGCACUCGGUGGCCGACAUCAUGACGCGGGGCAUACUCGCGUCGAAGGCGAACGCGCAGGUGAUCUUGCAGCUCACGGGCGGCACGCUGAUGAAGGCGAUGACGCUGCAUCUGGCGGCGGUGCUGCCCAGCGCCAGCGGCCACUCGAUCAAUCUCGACGACCAGUACGAGGAGGACAUCACGACAGGAGCGCAUUCCGCUGCCGGGCGGCACGACGUACCACACGCGCGCAGAAACCCCAAUCCGCGCAUUAUGACCGGAAAGGAAGAGGGGACGAUCCGGGGCGUCGACUUCGAGCGCUGGGAGGACGACGGCAGCGAGGAGUUCGAGGCGGCGUACCAGAAGAUGAAGGCCGAGUGGGAGGCGAAGGGAGUAAGGGUCACCGACUAG